CACAUUUCCAUUCUGCGAAAAACUUGAGAGGAGUUUCUAAAAAUGCCGUUAUUUUUGCAAAUUUACAGAGUUGGAAAUCACGAAAUAUAUACAAAGUAUAAAAGGAUUUCAUGAAGUGGAUACGUACUCACGCCUCUGUAAUACUUCAAAACUAAUCCGUUGAGGAUAAAAAGAUGGCUUUGGCACCGACGAGCUCAGAUGCGUGUAUGAGUAUUGUGCAUAGUUUAAUGUGUCAUCGCCAGGGCGGUGAGAGUGAAGCAUUUGCGAAACGCGCCAUAGAAAGUUUAGUUAAAAAAUUAAAGGAAAAGCGCGAUGAACUGGAGUCUCUAAUAACUGCCAUCACGACGAACGGUAGCCAUCCGUCAAAGUGCGUGACAAUCCAGAGAACAUUAGAUGGCCGACUACAAGUCGCGGGAAGAAAAGGUUUCCCCCAUGUUAUUUACGCUCGAAUAUGGCGUUGGCCAGAUCUUCACAAGAACGAACUAAAACACGUACAGUACUGUCGAUUCGCGUUCGACCUAAAAUGUGACAACGUUUGCGUGAAUCCAUACCAUUACGAGAGAGUUGUAUCGCCAGAUCUUGGUCUGACACUGCGUGGUGAUCCCAAUUUUCACUCUACCGAGGUACAUCCGGAUCGUCAGAUUCAUCAUUUUCCAGAUGGUCAAACUAUGAGUCAUGCUGGUGGACUUGAUGUGAAGGGACUAAAUGGUCAUAUUGGUUGGCCUGGUCAGCCUACUGCACCUGGUUAUCCACAACAAUCAAGCACCAUUCCAUAUUGGGACCAAAAACCAGUUCCAGAUUCAUGUGAGAUGCCCGGACCAAUAUCAAAGCAUCCACCUCCCGAUCACUGGUCUUCUAUAGCAUACUUUGAACUGGACCAACAAGUUGGUGAAAUAUUUAAAGUGCCAUCAAAUUGUUCAUCAGUUACGAUCGAUGGUUAUGUGGAUCCCGGUGGUCAUAGAUUUUGUCUCGGUCAAUUAUCAAAUGUUCACAGAACUGAAGUUAGUGAAAAGGCAAGAUUACAUAUAGGUAAGGGUGUAAGUCUGGAGUUACGUGGGGAGGGUGAUGUAUGGGUGAGAUGUCUCAGUGAACACAGUGUGUUUGUCCAAAGUUAUUAUCUUGAUCGAGAGUCAGGUCGCUCCCCUGGUGAUGCAGUGCACAAGAUCUAUCCUGGUGCAUACAUAAAGGUCUUUGACUUGGGUCAAUGCUUCCGGCAAAUUCGUCAGCAAGCCCAUGCUGCACAAUCAGCGGCUGCAGCUCAGGCAGCUGCUGUCGCAAGUGGUGUGGGACCAGGUGCUCUAAUGCCUAUUUCUCAGCUAAGUACAGGCAUUGGUGUUGAUGAUCUUCGUCGCUUAUGUAUAUUGCGCAUGAGUUUUGUGAAAGGAUGGGGACCUGAUUAUCCACGCAAAAGCAUCAAAGAUACACCAUGUUGGAUUGAGAUUCAUCUACACAGAGCUUUACAGCUGCUAGAUGAAGUAUUAACAGCAAUGCCUUCGGGUGAACAUCGACCACAUGAAAUGUGAUGAAGUUAAUAUGGAAGCACAAUAAAAACAUGACACAGUGAACAAUUCUUGUUCAGUAUUUUAUGUUCAACAAUUUUAAGAAAUUGGGUAGAUGAACAUCAGUUGAAGAGGACCUUAGAGCUUGCGUUAACGGCAAGUGUUUUAUUUAAACAUAAUGUAUAGAAUACUAUGUACCAAAUUAUUUUUAUUUAGCUUCCAAUUUAGAUGUAGAAGAAUAACUAGAGUGUAUAAAUGAUGGCUGAAAAAAUUAGCUAAAAUAAGGUUUCCGUGUGAAACUUACUCAUGUAAAACAUUAUGGAUGUCUACCCUAAAAAAAUGAAAAACAAUAAAUAAAAAUAUGCAUAAUAAAAUACUAAUGCUUAAAA